UCAGACAUCAGGGAUGAUACUCAAUAAACACCAGUAUUGAGAUCUCCUAAAGUCUUUCGUCCUAGAUUGGUCCUUCGCUUCUCCGAUACUUUUUUCUUUGAACAACCAGCAUGGCAGCGCAGGAAGACGCGUCGAGCCGGUCGGCUAGGCUGUCGAAGUAUUUCGACCUCAUUGUCAAGGGCAAACGCGAGCUCAAGACUUCUGCUGAUGGACCUCGGUUCCUGGAGGCUCUCUGUGAUGAGAUUGAUGCUGCGAAAAGAAUUGAAGCUCUUAUCGCAGCACCGAAGGGGCUGGAAGCAGUCGCCAAGGCAGUUCGGCUCUCUCUUGAUCGCCCAUUCCUUAUUGGUGCAGGCACAGAUCUUCUCCUCUACCUCACGGCUCCAUCUCUCAAACAGCUCUGCAGUGGCCAAUUCCUUUACCGCGUCCUGGAGGCCAUCGUAGAACCACCAUCUUUCUGGAACGCUCUCCUCGAUGCACAUGAGAAGAGAUUGCUUACGGAGCGAGCAAGCCAUGCCUUCGGAUGGCUUCUCCUAGAAAUCCUCUCUUCCCACACGGAAGGCCUCCCGAAUGUUCGAUCGAUAGCGGAACAAGUCACCGAGAAUGGAUCUUUGACAGAAUCCUCGUCUCUCAAUGUUCGUAACAUUGGCCAGAAGAUCAAGCAUGUCUUGAGUACCACCUUUACCCACAGCAGUGAGGAUGGACCCGGAGGCCGCCAUGACAAUGACUUUGCCAACUUUAGGGAAAUUAAGAUCCUACCUACUUCGGAUGAAUUUGUAUCUAAGGAAACGCCGUUCUAUCGAACAGCUGAUGCUGUCGCAUCCGCAGACAUAGAAGCUCGUGGAGCAAUUCAUCUCGACAACCAGUUCCGCUUGUUACGAGAGAAUCUACUUGGAGAGCUGAGAAACGACUUCCAGACAGCCACUGGCCAGCAGAAAGGUAGCAGAAGGAACCUCGUCAUCCCGGGCUUGACCUUCGAGGGAAUCGACUGUGGACCGGAAACAAGGCGGAAAUUCUGCUCCAUGAAACUUCGCUGCCAGAAGGAUAUCCCGCGAAUGGCACAUUUGACGAAUGCGAAGAACAGACUACAAUUCGUCAAAGACAACAAGAAUUUUAUUCGACAUCAAUCCUUUGGGUGCUUGAUCAGCGAUGGAAACGUGGUUGCUUUUGCGACUGUAGAACGAGACGAAAAUCUUCUCUCUCACUCGCCUCCAGUCAUUGUCUUGCGUAUUGAUGAUCCAGCCUCAUUCACAAAGGUCCUUCUUGUUACCAAGUCAUCGCCAGAUCUACAAUUUGUUCAAGUCGAUACGGCCGUUUUCGCGUUUGAACCAAUUCUCAAAUGUCUUCAAAGGAUGACUGUAUUGCCUUUGAAGGAGCAGAUAGUAGACCUGCAGCCUGGAUCAAGCGAAGAAAAUGCCCAUGUUGUACCCGCAACCAUCAUCGACAAGAUCCAGAGAAACAGCCAAGACGACUUGCGUGGUAUACUAGGCACCCCCAAGUCUAUCAAACUGGACCGACCUCAAGCGGAAUCCCUCCUUAAGGGCCUUACUAGAAAAGUGAGUCUCAUUCAAGGCCCACCAGGUACGGGAAAGUCGUUCAUUGGCGCAUUGCUCGCGAAAGUAAUACACGACUACACCAAUGAGAAGAUAUUGGUCAUCUGUUAUACAAACCAUGCUCUCGACCAGUUCCUCGAGGAACUUCUCGAUAUCGGAAUAGAUGCAAGAUCUAUUGUGCGGCUAGGAUCCAAGUCCACAGUGAGAACGAAGCCAUUGAACAUUACUGAGCAAAAGAGUACAUACAAGCACAGCAGGUGCACAUGGACUACGAUCGACAACCUGAGAUCUCUGGCGGAGGGCUAUUAUGAGUCAUUGACCUUUAAAAUUGCUCGAUAUCGCAAUUUUCAGGUUUCAAAGGACGCCCUGCUAGAGUACCUAGAAUUCUCAGAUGAUUCAAAUUUUUUUGACGCAUUCACGGUUCCGGAGCAGUCUGAUGGUAUGUCUCUUGUUGGAUCGAAAGGCAAAAAGGUUGGUCGCCACUACUUACUAGACCAAUGGACUGCUGGAUAUGAUCCCGGAGUGUUCAAAGAUAGUGCUCUUCCAGAAUAUUCUGGUGUCUGGGAAAUGGAUCUAGCAACACGUACCACGUUCUUCAACCGAUGGAUCAAAGAUUUGUUACAGGAGAAUUUGUUAGAGAUUGGUAACCUGUUGACGGGGUACAACAAAUGCCAGGAGCGGCUGGGGCAGUUGAACCGCGAAAGGGAUGUUCAUACCAUCAGAGAGAAACGUAUCAUUGGCUGCACUACCACCGCAGCUGCCAUGAAAGCUGAAGGGCUUCGCAAUGCUUCGCCAGGAGUCAUUCUUGUGGAAGAGGCUGGUGAGAUUCUGGAAAGCCACAUCCUCACGGCAAUGACAAUGAAUACGAAGCAACUGGUCAUGAUUGGAGACCACAAGCAGCUUCGACCGAAGGUUGAUAAUUUUGCCCUCACUAUUGAGAAGGGUGACGGCUACAACCUUAACCAAUCUCUAUUCGAGCGACUAGUUCUUUCCGAGUUCCCACAUAGCGUACUGACGGCGCAGCAUAGGAUGCGUCCGGAAAUUUCGACUCUCGUCAGGCAGCUCACGUAUCCUGAGCUCGAGGAUGCACCCAAAACACAGAACAGACCCCCUCUCCGCGGAUUUCAGAACAAUGUCAUGUUCAUUUCCCAUGACCAUCCGGAGCUCAACACCCAACGAAUUGCUGAUCGUCGAGACGAAAAUGUGACAUCUAGCCGCGAAAAUGAGUAUGAAGUCGAUAUGGUGCUUAAAUGCGUGAGAUAUCUUGGUCAGCAAGGCUAUGGUACUGACAAGCUUGUAAUCCUCACUCCGUAUCUCGGUCAACUAUUCCUCCUUCGUAAAAAGCUCUUGAAGGACAAUGACCCCAUCCUGAAUGAUCUGGAUUCAUGGGAUCUGAUUCGAGCAGGACUGGUCACCCCAGCAGCUGCGAACAUAUCGAAGCAGCCAAUCAAGAUUUCUACGAUCGAUAACUACCAAGGAGAGGAAAGCGACAUUGUCAUUGCCUCUCUCACUCGAAGUAACCCUGGAGGAGAUAUUGGAUUUAUGUCUGCACCACAGAGAGUGAAUGUGCUCCUGUCUAGAGCACGGAACGCUUUGAUCAUGAUUGGAAAUGCGGAGACCUUCAUGAGCAGUCGUAAAGGAAAGGAUGUCUGGGUGCCUCUCAUGGAGCAACUGAAGAAAGAUGGCCAUGUUUACAAUGGCUUCCCAGUGAAAUGUGAGAGACAUCCGGACAAGGUGGCGCUCUUGACCAAGAAAGAGGACUUUGACAGCGUUUGUCCUGAUGGAGGUUGUUCCGAGCUUUGCGGCACAAUGCUGAACUGUGGUUUGCACAAAUGCCCCCAGCAUUGCCACAACUUGAAAGAUCAUUCCAAAAUGGCCUGUAUAUCAAUCAUUAAAUCGACUUGCCCUCAAAAGCAUAAGAUAUCUCGAAAAUGCCACGACAAGUCUGGCGCCAUAUGUCACAAAUGUGAGGCCGAGGCUCGCAAACAGGAAGAAAGACGCCAGCGGGACCAUAAAUUGGAGCAAGAGCGAGAAGCAAAACAGAAACACUACGCAAAUGAGCUCUCUGAGCUACAAGCCGAGAUUGAACAUGAGAAGUGGUUGGUCAAGGAUGAAUCAGAUGACCGGGAGCGGCAAAGGGUGUUAGCACAACACCGGCAAGAUCUUCAAAUCCUCAGAAAUAAAAAGAAGGCACAACAACAACAGCAGCAGCAGCAGCAGCAGCAGGUUCUUAACAAUCCCGCUAGUUCCCAGAGUCAGGAUGCAAGCAAAGAGAAUGCAUCUCCACCCGAUCCGAACCAAUCUACUUCGCAGAAUUCGUCAGCCACUACGAAGGCCAAGGUAACGAGUAAUGAUGAAGAUGAUGGCAACUCGAAGAAACCUUGGGAAUCAAGUGAAGCAAAAGAUGACUGGGAUUACCAAAAAAAUUUCGAAGGGCAAGACAAUAGAGCCCUUGAUGCCUUGAUUGGCAUGAUAGGGCUAGAAUCCGUAAAGCAGAAAUUUCUGGACAUCAAAGCCAAGGUAGACGCAAUAGUGCGACAAGGUGUCUCUCUCAAGAAUGAAAGGUUCGGUGCAGCUUUGCUCGGAAACCCUGGAACUGGGAAAACGACCGUUGCUCGCCUCUAUGCGAAAUUCUUGUGCAAGGUCGGGGCUCUCCCAGGAGACCAUUUUGUGGAGACCUCUGGAUCUGGCCUUGCUAAUGAUGGAAUUAAUGCUUGCAAAAAGCAUAUCGAUGACAUCCUAAAUACUGGAGGAGGCGUCUUCUUUAUCGAUGAAGCGUAUCAACUUGUUUCCGGAAAUAGCUCAGGUGGUAAGGCAGUGUUGGACUAUCUCCUCACCGAGAUCGAGAACCUUACCGGCAAGAUUGCUUUCGUCCUAGCAGGUUACAAUAAGCAGAUGGAGGCAUUCUUCGCCCACAACCCAGGCAUUCCAAGCCGAAUCCCCAUCGAGAUGGAGUUCAAAGAUUACGAAGAUGAGGAGCUUCUGCGGAUUCUCGGCUAUUCGAUCAAUCAGCGGUACAACGGAGCAAUGAAGGUGGAAGGUGGAAUGGGUGGUCUCUAUGCCCGAAUAGUUUCCCGCCGCAUUGGCCGAAGCCGUGGUCGAGAUGGGUUCGGCAACGCCCGUGACGUCCAGAACAAGCUAGCUAUCAUCACUGAGCGUCAAGCAAAACGACUGAAGAAGCAAAGAAGAGUGGGCAGGAAUAUCGACGACCACCUCCUCACCAAAGAAGAUCUCAUCGGCCCGGAGCCAGCAGCAGCUCUCAAAGGCAAUGCAGCAUGGGCGAAAUUACAGAAGAUGAUUGGUUUGGAUGCUGUCAAGCAGUCUGUUAAAGUUCUUCUCGAUACCAUUCAGUUCAACUACCAACGUGAGCUGGACGAAAAACCCAUUGUCGAGUACUCACUGAAUCGCUGCUUUGUUGGCUCACCCGGGACAGGGAAGACCUCAGUUGCGAAAUUGUAUGGAAAGAUAUUAGCAGACCUCAACAUGCUUUCUAAUGGAGAAGUUGUUGUAAGAAACCCAGCUGAUUUUAUCGGUGAACAUCUCGGCAAAUCGGAAGCCCAGACGAAAGCUAUCCUUGCAUCUACAGUUGGGAAAGUCUUGAUAAUAGACGAGGCCUAUAUGCUGAGGCCGAGUAAGGGCGGUAGCGGUGACGCAUUCAAAACAGCAGUCGUUGACACCAUUGUCGCCGAGGUCCAGAGCACUCCAGGCGAAGACCGAUGCGUCCUGCUGUUGGGAUACAAAGAUGAGAUGGAAGUGAUGCUCCGGGAUGUUAACCCCGGGUUAGCGCGGCGUUUCCCUCUAGACUCAGCCUUCGUCUUUGAAGACUUUGAAGACUGCGAACUGCGCAAGAUUCUAGAUUUGAAGCUCAAGGACCAAGGAUUUGAGGCCACAGAUCAAGCGAAACAGGUUGCAAUGGAUAUGCUUCGUCGAGCUCGCAAUCGACCCCAUUUCGGCAAUGGUGGCGAGAUAGACAUCAUCCUUGAUAAAGCGAAACUUCUCCACCAGCAGCAUUUGUCCACCGCCAAGACGAAGUAUAAGGAUAAGUUCGAAGCUAUCGACUUUGAUCCAAAAUUCGAUAGAGGCGCGCUUGCCUCUACCAAUUUGCCGCUUCUCUUCAAAGGGGUGAUUGGAUGUGAAGACAUCAUCAAGCAGCUACAGACGUAUCAGAACACAGCGGCGAAUAUGAAGACAUUGGGGAUGGAUCCAAGAGAUCAGAUUCCGUUCAAUUUCUUGUUUAAGGGACCUCCAGGCACAGGUAAAACCACCACUGCCCGCCGCAUGGGAAAAGUCUUCUACGACAUGGGCUUCUUAGCCAACGCAGCGGUCGAAGAAUGCUCUGCUACAGAUAUGAUAGGACAAUACAUUGGACAUACUGGACCCAAAGUACAAAAGCUUCUCGAGAAGGCGUUAGGAAAAGUGUUGUUCAUCGAUGAGGCGUACCGACUAGCCGAGGGACAAUUUGCUACGGAAGCCAUGGAUGAGCUUGUUGACUGCAUCACCAAGCCCAAAUUUGCUCGAAAGCUGAUUUGCAUCUUGGCCGGCUACGAUGAACAUAUGGAUCGGCUCAUGUCUGUCAACCCGGGUCUGACGAGCCGCUUCUCAGAGUCGAUGAUCUUCCGUCACUUGACCGCCGAGGAGUGUCUCACGCUAUUAACAGAUCUUUUACAGGCACGAAGGGCUCCCCUAGACGUCUCCGUCUUGUCAUCGCCAUCUAGCGGCUUCCGCCACCAGGUACUUCAAAAGAUUAAGCAGUUGUCAGGGCUGAAGUCAUGGGGAAAUGCUCGAGACAUCCAAUCCAUUGAGAAAGCCGUUUUCAGCAAACUAAUCUCCUCAGUAACUCCACCCAUUACGAACCUUUCCGUCACAGAAUCUGUCGUCUUGUCUGCACUUGACACGAUGCUUGACGAGCGCACCCCCCGCAGCAAAGAGGCUGGAACAAGUAGGCACAAACCUCAUAUUACUAAUCCUCCUGUUGCUCCUUCCGAGUCGCAGCCCGAUAAUGCGCCGAACAUCCAGACUUCUACAAAUACCGGCACGUCUGCAUCCUCACCAGGCCCUUUGAUACCUGCCACUCCAGGUGACGAGAAGGAAGAAACGGUUGAAGAGACCGAAGUUCCUGACCUAGGAGACACCCGUGAUGCUAGGAUUAGCGACGAAAUCUGGCAUCAACUCCAGAAAGACAAGCUAGCGGCCCAAGCUCGCGAGCAGGAGCACCAGCGUCUCGAAAAAGAGCGCAUCGCAAAAGAAGAACAGGCUGCCCAAGAAGAACUUCGGGCCAAACAGGAACUCGAGAACCUGGAGAAAGCGGAGCAGGAUGCCAAAGAUGAUGAAGAACGACGCCGUGUUGAAGCAGAGCGCAUCAGACGCGUACUAGAGAUGCGAAAACAGCAAGAGAUGCUAGUAGAGUUGGAGCGACGGAGACAAGAGGCAGAAAAGGCAAGGGAGAAGGAGAUUGUGGUUCAAAGGAAGUUGAGAAAUUUGGGAGUUUGUGUACAGGGGUUCAGGUGGAUUAAACAAGCUGGUGGGUAUAGGUGUGCAGGUGGAGCACACUUCGUUACCAAUGCCCAGCUGGGUCUUUAGGAACUUUGGUUGCGGGUUCAUCCUAUGGCAUAUUGGUGUCUUUCGGGGAACAUUAAUAUUGUAGAUUCGAUUUGUUAAAGUCGUUGGUAGAAUUAGG